UGACCCAUCCCCCCGUAAAAAAAAAACACCCGUGCCGUGGGGGGCUCUGGUUGGGUGCGAGGGAGGGCGUUGGUAGCGUGUUGGUGGUGGCGGGGAGCUAAUCUGCUGCUAAUCCGGUCGCCGGUGAGCAGAUUAGCGCAUUCUUAGCGUGAGCGCUGACCGGGUCUCUCCCUCUUUUUCUUCCGCCCGUGUGUGAUUCGCGCGAGGACAGAGCCGGGCCGCUCCGCUCCAGAACUCUCACUGGACACGAGUCUGCUUCGUGUUGUGUGUGUUUGUUUGUUUGUUUGUUUGUUUAUUUACCAUAGUUGCAUUUGUUUACCAUGACCUUAUGAAACAGAGAAGCUGAGUGGUUUGUGUGCAGUGCUUUGGCGGCGGGAUGGCUCAGUGUAAACUGAGGUCUCUGUAUGGGCUGUACCCCUACAAGUCCAGCAUGAUGGGGCUGGAGGCUCUGGCGGACCCGUCCUCGGACUGGGACAUUGUGGAGACCAUCGGCAAAGGCACCUACGGCAAGGUCUACCGAGUCAACAACCGCAGGGAUGGGAGUCAGGCGGCCGUUAAAGUCCUGGACCCCAUCAACAACUCCGGCAAUCAUGGCAGAGACGUGGAUGAGGAGAUCGAGGCCGAGUACACCAUCCUCAGGUCCCUGUCCAACCACCCCAAUGUGGUCAAGUUCUUUGGCAUGUUCUACAAGACGGACAACCUCUCUGGCGGGCAGCUGUGGCUGGUCCUGGAGUUGUGUAAUGGAGGUUCAGUCACAGAGUUGGCCAAAGGUCUGAUGAUUCGUGGCAAGCAUCUGGAGGAGCCCAUUAUCGCAUACAUCUUAUGUGGGGCACUGCUGGGUCUCCAGCACCUCCACAACAACCGAAUAAUCCAUCGUGACGUCAAGGGCAACAACAUCCUCUUGACCACAGACGGUGGUGUCAAGCUGGUGGACUUUGGUGUAUCUGCCCAGCUCACAAAUGCCCGCCUGAGACGGAACACUUCAGUGGGCACACCCUUCUGGAUGGCACCAGAGGUGAUAGCGUGCGAGCAGCAGUAUGACUACUCGUAUGACGUGCGCUGUGACGUCUGGUCUCUGGGCAUCACGGCCAUCGAGCUGGCAGACGGAGACCCCCCACUGUCCGAGAUGCACCCUGUCAAAGCCCUCUUCAAGAUCCCACGGUAGGCCACCAGAGGGCGCCCUGCACACACAGAACACGACACAACUCUCAGGAACACAGCAGUCAGAGGCAGGAAGGGAGAGAGAGAGAGGCAGAGGGAGAGGGAGAGGGAGUGUGUGAGAGAGAGGGAGACAGAGAGACAGAGAGUGAGAGAG